GAGCAACAUAUGAACCAUGAGUUGAUCAGUAUAUUUUAUGUCUUUAUCUUUAAGGUCAUGGUCCAUUCUCUCAUCUGUUUGAGAAAUUCAUCCGUAAAGCCUGGCCUGGUGCCAAUGGAGAUGGCCAACAACCAGGUCCAUCAGAAGAGAAGACCAGAACAGAAAAAGAACAGAAAGAAAGAGCCUCAGAUGAAAAGUGGAAGCUUGCCUCAAUGUGGAUAUUUCUGGACAUAGUAAAGAGUAAAGGACUAAACACAGAGCUGACAAAGCAGGAUCUCACCUUUAUUCAGAAAUUAAUUCAGGGGGAUUAUGAUAAAGUUCCAAAGAACAAGUCUUUCCUGUGUGAUGUUGUGGCGAAUAAUUUGAAUGGCAUUGACGUGCGAAGAUGGGACUAUUUUGCACGGGACUGUUAUUAUCUCGGCAUCCCAAACAGCUUUGACCAUCAGCGUCUGCUGAAAUCUGCUCGAGUCUGUAAAGUCGAAGGGUCGAAUCACAUCUGCUUCAGAGACAAGGGGGCAGAUAAUAUUUAUGACAUGUUUCACACCCGCUACACUCUUUAUCAGCAGGCCUACCAGCACAAGAUCGUCAACAUCAUCGAAGACAAAAUCAUAAAAGCUCUCUUAGAAGCUAAAGACCCGCUUGAGAUCUCACCGAUUUCAGAAACCCUUUCACCUGAUGAUAUCAAACAGAAGAUCGAAAAUAUUACAAGCAGCUCACGAAAACGCAAGAUGACGACACAUGAAGAUGAAAAGACUGCAAAGUUCAUUAAACUGACAGAUCACAUCUUUGAGAAGAUCUUGUACUCCAGUGCUCACAGCCGAAAAGAGCUUGAGGAUGUUGUGAUGCGACGCCUGCCGAAGUGUGUGGGAGAGACUCGACUACAAGAAACUGAAGAGAAAGAUGAAGAGUCCUUCAAGGCUAAGUGGGAAACAGCAGUGGCCGAGUGGAACACACGUCACCCAGAUCUGGUCUUGUAUAAGGAGGAUUUCAGCACUGAAGUGAUAAAACUGGAUUAUAAUAAAAAGGCUGAAAACCCUAUCAACAGUGUCUAUUUCUACAGAAAGAAGCAGCAGAAUAAAGGCAGCAAGAUUCAGAAAUAUGAGAUAUCCAGUCUGCUGCCGAAGAAGUUUAGUGAACAUGUUGGUCGAGUUUACUACACAAAAAACUCUGAUGAGGAGGAGAAGGACGCUAAGGACUGCUUUAUAUGGUGGUGCCUUGACAAGUGUGUAAUUGAGCUAUACGAUCAGAAUGAGUUUAAAGGUACCAAGUGUGUGGUCACAGGGAACUGUUCAUCAUUGGACUGCUGCAGUAUAUCAGAGGUUCGCUCCUGUAAGGUGAUCCAAGGUGUCUGGAAGCUCUGGAAGGGUCGUGGCUAUGAUGAUUACCUAAUGAAGGAGGGAGAGUAUCCCAAUCUUAAGGCAUUGAGCAAUAGCAUACCCACUGCUUCUGCUCCUGCUCCUGCUCCCGCUCCCGUUCCUGAUCCUGCUUGGUGUCUUGAAUGUUUGCCAUUUAAGAUCCACCUCUAUGAACAGGAGAAUUUUAAAGGCCAAAUCUUUGAAAUAACAGAUGACCACGGCUGUGGUAUAAAGGAGGUCCGCUCCUGUAAGGUGCUCAGUGGUCUCUGGGAUCUCUAUGAGGGUCCUGACUGUGCUGAACCCCAUUACCAACUGAAGGUGGGGGAGUAUCCCAAUCCUGGGUCAUGGGGUAAUGUUAACACUGCUCCUGCUCUGUCUGUUAAACGUAUGACAUCUUAUAAGAUCCAGCUUUUUGAAAAGGAAGAUUUUGAAGAGCCAAUGCAUGAGACAACAGUUGACCGUCAUUCAUUGGACGGCUGUGGUAUAAAUGAGGUUCGCUCCUGUAAGGUGCUCAGUGGUCUUUGGGGUCUCUAUGAAGGUCCUGCAUAUGCUGAACCCCGUUACCAACUGAAAGAGGGGGAGGAGUAUCCCAAUCCUGGGUCGUGGUGUGCCAGUGACCCCAAUGUCCCUGCUCGGUCUGUUAAACGUGUGACAGAGUAAAUUCUAUAACUGCAUCCAUCUUUUGCCCUCAUUCAUCUUUAAAGUAGGACUCUCAAUGUAAAUCAUUAAUUUGAUGUUUAAUUAUAAUUUCUAAACAAAAAUUGUCUAAUCAGGGAUUUACUCUGCUCUCAAAAAUUUUAAUAUGUUUUACUUUAUCUUAAUUGUUUUCUCUCCAAAUGGCAAGAUAUACACUAAACAUUGGGAAUAACUUGAUUAAUUACGUAUCCUGUCAUGAUAGCAUGUCAUGCAAUUAAUUUGAUUUCGCAGAUGCUUUUAUCCAAAGCGUCUA